GCGCGCAGCACCAGCGCGAGUGCCCGAGCCCAGCCGCGCAGAGCCACAGCGCUGUGCUGCCUGAGGUCUCCGCGAGCGGCUCGCCAUGGCUAGCCCGCAGCAGCAGCCCCCUUACCUGCACCUGGCGGAGCUGACAGCGUCCCAGUUCCUGGAAAUCUGGAAGCACUUUGACGCAGACGGAAAUGGAUAUAUUGAAGGUAAAGAGCUAGAAAACUUUUUCCAAGAGUUGGAGAAGGCCAGAAAAGGCUCUGGCAUGAUGUCAAAGAGUGACAACUUUGGGGAGAAGAUGAAGGAGUUUAUGCAGAAAUAUGACAAGAACUCGGAUGGGAAAAUCGAGAUGGCAGAGCUGGCGCAGAUCCUGCCAACCGAAGAGAAUUUCCUCCUGUGCUUCAGACAGCACGUGGGCUCCAGCGCUGAGUUUAUGGAGGCCUGGCGGAAGUACGACACCGACAGAAGUGGCUACAUCGAAGCCAAUGAGCUCAAGGGAUUCCUGUCGGACCUGCUGAAGAAGGCCAACCGGCCGUAUGAUGAACCCAAGCUCCAGGAAUACACCCAAACCAUACUACGGAUGUUUGACUUGAAUGGGGAUGGCAAACUGGGCCUCUCGGAGAUGUCCCGACUCUUGCCUGUCCAGGAAAACUUUCUGCUUAAAUUUCAGGGCAUGAAGCUGACCUCAGAGGAGUUCAAUGCCAUCUUCACAUUCUAUGACAAGGAUGGAAGUGGCUACAUUGAUGAGAACGAGCUGGACGCCCUUUUGAAGGAUCUGUAUGAGAAGAACAAGAAGGAAAUGAACAUCCAGCAACUCACUAACUACAGAAAGAGCGUCAUGUCCUUGGCCGAGGCGGGGAAGCUCUACCGAAAGGACCUGGAGAUCGUGCUCUGCAGCGAGCCCCCCGUGUAAAGGGGAGGCGGAGGCUGAUUCCCCACCUCCGGCAAACCCUGCCCCUGCUGUCCUGAUCCUUCUCCCCAGACCCAGAGAUUGUGAGCGCCCCUCCCCCACCCCUGCCACCUGCACACCACCAGCCUGCACAGCAGGACAGGAGAGAUGGAGGCCGGGCGGCCAGGGGCCUCUUUGAGCCCGGCCAGGCACAGAGCGCUGCCCGCGCGGAUCGCCAACUGCGUGGAAGGUGGGUGGGGGCCGGGGUGGACCUUCCCUCCUCCUCUCUGCUGUGAUGCAUGAGCUCCUUCGCUGUACGAUUUAGGCUUCUCGGUCCAACGGAGCGCGCGCCCCUCCCCCUCUCGCUGCCCCGCCUUUCCCUGGGCCACGCCCACCCCGGCCCCGGCUCCGCCCACCGCCUCGGUACCGGUGUCGCCGUCUCCCGGAGCUCCCGUUGCGGAGGGCCUCUGCCCUCUCCUCGCCUCCUGUACGUGCGUGCUCCCUUUCUCUUGGGUUUCCUGUCUUCUGUUUACCAAAGAGGAGUUUACAGACAAUAAAGUGGAAACAUUC